AUGAUGACGCAGCCUCGCUACUACAAUAAGCCGGCAGCCGACAUUAACUGGUACAAGCGCUUCUGUCGAUCAGUAGUGGAAACGAUGUUGUCGAAUAUCAACAACUAUAUUCGCCAAGUGAAAUCCACUCAUGACGACGAUUCCAUAGAUAGAUUGAAUUAUGUGACGACAAUCUACAUGCUUCUCGGCUUUGCGUUAACCCUUUUCGCGAAGAAUUACGUUGGCGAACCAAUGCAAUGUUGGGUUCCUAAUCAGUGGACGGCGGUUUGGGAAGUGUUCUCAGAGUCGUAUUGUUUUGUCGAGAACACCUAUUUUGUGCCAAUGAACGACAGUAAUAUGCCGGCUGUACAUACCAGAGAAGGCAGAGAAAUGAUCUACUACCAGUGGGUUCCAUUUAUUCUUUCACUGAUGGCAUUUUGUUUUUAUAUCCCUCGUGGAGUCUGGAAAAUCUUCUCACCUUACAGUGGUUCGUUGUCAUUAUUUUCGAUGGCGACAACACUGCGGAAAGUACACACGUCAAAAGUUGUGCGAUAUGGUUCCAGCCUCUUUAAUCUCUACAUAGUAAUGAAAGUGGCCUUCUGUGAUCUUACUGUGCGCGAAAUGGGCAACGUUAACAAUUGGACAGUACAGUGUGUUCUAAUGGUGAGAGGAUUGUUAUAUUACAUUUGUAGAGUGAAAUACGUCUACACACCAUGGAUUCUUUGUGGAACAGCAUUUCUUGUUUUCGCGAAAGAGUAUGUAGGCACGGCGAUUCAGUGCUGGGUACCCAGACAGUGGUCGGUAAGACUUCAGAAAUUACAGUGUUCCAAGUUUUCUAAUCUAUUUCUUACCUGCGCUUUAUCUUAUAACAAUUAUAAAUUGUAA